AUGGGGGCUUCGGAGUCUAAGCUUGUCUUCAAGCAGGGCAUCUUCCGCCUCUCGGAACAGGAGAUCCCCGCAGAUGACCCCUACUGGACCAGAUUUUGGGAGCUCCCUGAAUCCACCGAGGAUGUGUUCAGCCUGUUUACCCCGGCUGACAUCCGACGAACUCGCGAUCAAGCACUACCCAAUUUCCAAACGCUCUUACUCGCAGUAACCUCACGACUGACGGUAUUGAAAAACCACCCUUCGUUCCCCGAUCCGGACCUUGCCCCCGAACGCGAUGUCCUCAACUGUAUCCGCAUCCUUACCCGCCUACUCCCCUAUGUAUACGAAGCGGAGCAUCUGGAGGGAUGGGAGGAGAACUUCUUUUGGGCGCGUCGACGGAGGCUGGCCCGACGGGCUCAGAUCUCCGGGGAGGUCCUUUUUGACGAAGCGCAACCCGAAGACCAGGAAGAAGGGACAUCGCCGCGCCCUGACAACUAUGAGGAUGUCAAGCCCUUGGCUGAGGAGUUGAUAGACACGUUGAUAGACCUGCUCUUCUUCGUUGAUUUCACCAUUCCUCGACUUCCGACUGCGAAAAGCAAGGUUUCAUAUUCGAUCUGGCAAAGUGGUGUUGGUUGCAACACGGCCAUGGGAAGCAGCAAGGCAUACGAGAGCAACCGAUGCGAGAUCUUACGGCUGAUGCUCACGUUGACUGGAAAGGCUAUGUAUCUGCCAUCAAACACAUUGCCCGUUCAGGGUGUCCAGGCAAUCACCUACAUCACGACGUGCCAAGAUAAGCAGGCUGUCUUGACUGUUCUCUGCUCUCUGCUCAACACAGCAAUGAAAUACAACCCAGCGUCGUGGAGAGUUCCAUAUGAUCAUGUUGUGUGGAAGGAUCCAAAGCAAAUAUUGGUCAUUUAUUGCGUGCAACUUCUCCUUGUCCUUUUGAUGUACCCCAUACCCGAGGAUGGACGUGGAACACCGCCGAAGAAUUAUUAUCGACAUUACUUUGGCAGGUUGCAUAGACCUCAGGACUUCCAAUUCCUCGUGGAUGGCAUGACACGGAUCUUGAAUCAGCCGAUGCAAGCCACGAACUCCUAUCUUCCCGGGAGCCAGAAAUCAGCAAAAUGGGCUCCUGAGAUGCUGAUGCUUUUCUGGGAGACCCUGCAAUGCAACAAACGAUUCCGCUCUUUCAUCAUAGACUCCAACCGCUCUCAUGACUUCCUUGUACUUUGUGUAUUUUAUGCGACAGAGUAUAAAUCGGAUGCCUCCAAACAAGGCAUUGUCCGGAUGUGCAUCUUCAUCCUUCAAACGAUGAGCGCGGAACCCAAUUUCAGCAAGAGUUUGAACAACCCAUUCGAGGCCCAGGAUACCUUACCACAGUCAAUCCGUUUGCUUAAGUUCCGGGGGUCAUAUGCUGACUAUUUGAUCAUGUCUAUCCACACUUUGAUUACAACCAGCAAAGGAAACCUGGAUACUGUGUAUCCUGCCCUUCUGGUUAUCCUGAGUAAUAUUGCUCCCUACCUCGAACAAAUAUCCCCGAGCGCUUGUUCAAAGGUCAUUCAACUAUUUUCAUCUAUGUCUGCGCCCAGCUUCCUGUUGGCAAAUGAGACAAACCACACCUUGCUCGCCUCAUUGCUUGACUUUAUCAAUCUUGUCGUUGAGCACAAGUUCAUCGAAAACCCAUACUUCGUUUACGCUUUGUUAAAGUACAGGCAACGCUUCGAAGCUGUGCGGGCUUUCACCCUCGAGAGUGGCCAACAAGAAAUUGAGCGCCAGAACGAAAAGAAGAAAGCUGGAAGUUCUUCCGACUCAUCCAACAGUCCGAGACUUUCACACUCAGAAGAGGAUCUGCACACGACGUCAGAAGCCCGAUCACCGUUAGAUCGGAUCCCCGAGGAGAACAGCCCAUUCGCAAUUGGCGAUGAUGAUUCCGAUGAAGAGCGAGAUAUUGAUGGAACACAAACACCAUCUCAAUCAUCACCAUCAGCUCAGACUUCGCGGAGACCAUCCAUCGCAUCUACCGUCGACGAGAACGGUGUGCCGAUGGCCCGUGGCAUGUCUGAAAAGGCCCGUGGAAAGAAACCGGCUGGCCAUCCUCCUUUCUCCCGGCAGAACAGCAUGACCAGUCAAACCAGCGUGACAGCCUUUUUCUCUCCAUCUGCGAGUGGCUUCACGCCGACAGUGUCCUGGCUCGAAUCAUGGUUACCUGAGCUUCCUCUGCACUCCAUUAUAACUAUCAUCUCUGCCAUCGCACCUCACAUCCCCGAUACCGCCCUCCAAAGCACCACUAGCCCCGAAGCCCGCACCCUCAUCCACAACCUCCCCUCCUUCGCCGACGAACCCGAAGUGAAAAGCAUUAUCUCUGAGCCAACACCCGUCCGCGUCCAGUCCUUCGAAUGGUCUGCCCUCUCCAUGGGCUGGUACGAAUCCCUCCUCUGGGGCUUCAUUUUCUCCAGCGAGAUGGUAGUUGGAUCCGCUGCCAGCGCAACGCCAGGCACCGUCGGUGUCUGGAACGGGACAGCCAUUAAGCUCUUCCGAGUACAGGAGGCGGCUGCCCUGGGACCGACAUUGCUUGCACCGAAGGGUGCCGUUGAUGCAGUCGGUAGCAAUCUGGUCCAGCGCAUUGGAAAUCUCAGUUUAAGAGGGCGGGAUUCCAUUUCGCAGGAGACUGGUGCUUCGCCGAGUGUUAGGGAGGUUUAG